AUGUUGUGCCAGCCUUGCCACUCCGUGUUGAGCGAGAUCCAGAAAAGUCCAGGUGGCGGUGGUACAUUCCCACAUCAUGCCUCACUCCGUGAUUGGGAAAAGGCUGUGGAGCAGAAGUGUCUUCUUUGCCGGCGAUUCCUACUACUUACAGGAGCUACUGAGCUUGACGCUUCCACGAGCUUGAUUGCGAGGACACUAUCUGAAGAUGAUGAGCCAGGAAUCGGAGUCAUAUCGCUCACCAUUACGGCCGAUUUUGAAGAUUGCGUUGGGCUCUGGGGAAGAUUCUGGUUACGUCCCAUCGAGACUGAAGAGGACCGUCUGACGUUUCCGAGCUAUGCGCCCACCAAUACCGUUGGCUCGCCUCAAAGCAUGGCUCUUGCUCGUCACUGGAUCAGCGACUGUCACAAGCACCAUUCCAGAUGUAAACGCCCAGGGGUUGCCUCGAAUUCUACUUGGGUCCCAGAGCGUCUUAUCUACAUCGACGAUGAGAAUUCGCGCCUUAGGCUCGUCCGUGGCGCUGACAUCCCAUCUAACACUUCCUACACAACCUUGUCUCAUCGUUGGGGCCAGGUCAAAGACAAACUUGUCUUAACCCAGUCAAACAUUGAGGACUGGUAUGAGCAACUGCCGUCGCUAGCGAAGUGGAAGACAUUCAUGGACGCAAUAGAGACGAGCCGGCAACUACAGAUCCCAUAUAUCUGGAUAGAUUCACUUUGCAUUAUUCAGGAUUCGAUAGAUGACUGGAAACACCAGUGUCCCCAGAUGAGCAACAUAUACAAACGAUCUUAUUGCAACAUUGCAGCUACUUCUGCAAUCGACGAUACCGAGGGUUGCUUCUUUGGAAGAGACGUUGAUAUGGAUCUCCCGUUGCGGUUGUCUUUUGAUACUGAGGAAAAUCAGCUAAAACUUGCUGGAACUAUUGUGAUUCCCGCUGUGGAAAACGGCAAAGGUUCUCUGCAUGGAUUGUAUGAUCUCUGCAACCAGCAAACCUGGUUUUUUGACAUUAGGCAGUCGCCGCUAAAUGCUCGAGGCUGGGUAUUACAGGAGCGUUUGCUCUCCCCACGCGUACUCAACUUCACCAAGGCACAAAUGUACUGGGAAUGCGACGAGAUGCAAGCCUCAGAAUCAUACCCUUAUGGCUUUCCAAACGAGGCCUGGGCGAAUAUAAACGAAAAGGCUUUAAAUCCAUUCAGUCUCUCCAAUAUGAAUCUCGAGGAGGAAGAUGCUCUAGCCGACACCGGAAUUAGCCCCUUGGUGAAGAGGGCAUUCAGUGUUUGGGCCAAUGCAGUCUCAGCGUACACUAGGCUUGAUCAUCACCACAUAUCAGCGGAUGGAACAUUGGAGUCUGUUAGUAACCUGACAAAUCCAUCCGACAAGUUGGUGGCCAUCUCGGCUAUUGCCCAUGAGCUUCAACCUUUCAUGAAUUGCCGCUACCUUGCUGGUCACUGGGAGACCGAUCUCAUCAGACAGAUUGCUUGGACUGGCUCAAACAGUAGCCAGCGAGCAUCAGCAUAUCGCGCACCAUCGUGGUCUUGGGCAAGCGUCGAUGGAAAUAUCCAAUUUUCCAAAUUUCUCAAUGACCAUCCAACCUUGAAACAGACAAAAGAGGCAUUUUAUCCCCUAGCAAAAGUCCUGGAUGUCGACGUGGAAUUAUUGACGGAUGAUCCAAUGGGUCAAGUGACUUCAGGAUCCUUGACUUUGUGGUGCCGUCUCAUUGAGCUUGAAGUUCAAAGGCUCUUUCCUGACCGUCACGGGGCCCGCAAUGGAAGAAAUGAGGGAGGUGAAGCCAUUCUGGUCAAUGGGGAGCUAACGUGCCUGCACAUACAAUUAGAUGACGAGGAUUCCCGACCAUCAGUCCCCUGGAGCGUGUUUUGUGUUCCUAUCAGUGCUCGUAUCCUCAGCCGUUCUGAAACAGAAUUGCGCUUCGAAUUUUACUCAAUUCUUUUAGAAAGAACCGAGGUUGAAGGAAUAUAUCAGAGAGUUGGGUUCCUAGGUGCUGAUCUGCGGCAGGAUCUUACAAAGGAGGACUUUGCGAACGAUCCGAUACUUCGAACAACCGGGUCACUCGAUUUCAGCAAAGAGAAGGCUUUCUUUUCACCUCAUACACACGGGUUACAGAAGGUUGAAAUAGUAUAA